AUGUAAGAUACUGCUAAUGAAGAUGUAAUAUCAAAUGAAACUUUACUAAAAAUUGAAAUACUAGAUCUUAUAAAAAUUUAUAAAAAAAAUAAAAGAGAAAAGUAAUUGAAGAAAGUAGAACUAGAAGUUGUAAUUAGUACAGAUUUAUAAUAAUAACUUAAUUCGUAGUAUAAUUCGACUUACAUUAGAGUUAAUUCAUCUAGCAUUUAUAAAAAAAAGAGAUUAUUGAAAAAUAACAGCUGA